CAGACAAGCACAUCGGCAUGAAAGCGCGCCAUGCCAAGUCCAAGCCAAAGACCAAGCCUGGCAAGCCCGAGCCUUCGAGCGGAGAUCGCCUCGUGGCGAAGGCGAAGGUGAAGGCGACGCCCAAGUUGCCCUUCCGGACGUUGUCGUACCAGCAGCACCAGCAGUGCUUCGCCCCAGCCAGGCCCAGUCAGUGCCCGGAGGGCUACAGAGCCAGCGACUUGCCCCGGGUGGCCUGGCUGCCCCCCGGCUGGGGCCAGGUGGUCAAGGACAGCGAGGAUGGCAGCCGGAAGAUGUAUGUCGCCCCCCCGGAGCUGAAUUCAAAGAUCAUGACCAACAAGCUGAAUGUGGAGCUGGCGGUGGGCAGGAAGCUGAAGCCCAUGGAUGAGCAUGGUGUGCACUUGGGCGAGCAAUGCAUCAGGAAGUGGCCAAAGUGGUUGCCGCUGGACUGGCGUAUUGGGUAUUUGAGAACCGCUGGAGGUGUGGUGAAGCCAUGCUUUUUGAGCCCCGAUGGUACAAGAUUUAUGGAGAAGAAGGCCGUGUUGGCCCACAAGACCGGGAAGGACAAAGCGACGGAGACGGGCGGAGCCGCGCCUGACUCGACUGGAUCCAAACCCCGCCAGGGUCGUUUCCUGAAGCGCGGGCGUGCACGCGCAAGUCAACAAAGAAAGGGGCCCAAAGACUCGAGCGCCCCGGUGAUCUUCCGCAGCUUCACGCCCCAGCAGCUUCUGGACUGCUUUGGGCCCCCUCUAGGCAGUUGCACCACGCCUCCAAGUCACUGGCCCGAGGAUCUCAAGGUCUCGGAGCUGCCGCGGAUCAGCUGGCUGCCGCCCGGCUGGGGCCAGGCGGAAAAGAAGGAUGGCCACCGGCGGAAGCUCUACGUGGCCCCGCCCGAGUUGGGAGGCAAGGUGGUCUUCCACCGUGAGAAUGUAGAGGUCUUGGUGGGGCGCAAGCUACGGCCGAUGGACCAGACGGGCGUCGACUUGGGGGAGGAUUGUGUGAAGGUUUGGCCCAGCUGGCUGCCCAAAGAUUGGCAGAUCGGCUACUUCAAGGCGAAGGGGGGCGUCAAGCCUUGCUUCUUGCAUCCGGAUGGCACCAGGCAUAUGGACAGGCAAGCUGUGCUCGCCCGCUUGAAUCCCGAUCGGAAGCCCGAGGACACCAAAGCAGCUGAGAAGAAGAUGAAGCUUGGGCCUUUCGCUCACCGCCAAGCGCAGAAGCUCCAAAACCGGGUGAUUUCUUCUCUCAGAGCACAAGCAGCUGAUGUGGAGAGUGAAGAGGAGGAUCCCAAUGAAUCCGGCAUUUUCCGAACUUUCACCUACCAGGAGCUUCUGGAUUGUUUCGCGCCUCCUCUGGGUGAGUGCACGACCCCUCCGGGUCACUGGCCGAAGGAUCUCAAGAUUUGCCCCUUGCCGCGGAUCAGCUGGCUCCCGCCUGGGUGGGGGCAGGCCAUCAGGGUGGGGAAGCAGGGGCGGAGGUACAAAGUCUUCGUGGCCCCCAAGGAGCACGGCAGCCUGGUGGUGAACAGCAAGCAGUCUAUGGAGGUGGUCCUGCAGUCCAGGCCGCGGGCACUGGAUCAGCACGGCAAGCCUUUGCGCCUGCAGGACGCGUGCAUCGAACGCUGGCCCCAGUGGCUCCCGCGCGACUGGCGGAUCGCGUACUUCAAGGAGGAGGGCGCGGUGAAGCCGUGCUUUCUGUGUCCGGAGGGCGGGCAGUUCCUGCAGAAGGAGGCGGUCUUCGCGCGCAUGCGGGAGCUGCGCGCACAGCGCCGGGCGGAAGAGGCGCAGGCCCAGAAGGACAAGCUGAAGAAGCGGCGCCUGAGACCUUGCAGAGAUGUGGUGGAUGACGCUGACAUUGGCGAGGUGCAGCAAAGAGCUGAGUCUUCGUCUGUGGAACCAGCAGGAAUCCAGAUGCGGCAAUCUGAGGCUGCAGAACCAGUUGCAUUGCAACAGGCCGACCCGACUGCCUUGGCUGAUGAGAGGCAUGAGACUUCCCGACGACGGAAAAGGCAACUUGCGAGCGGGCCGCAGAGGUGUUGCUUCGACUUGUCCAAGCUGAGUGAUGAUGACAGAGAAUGGCUCACCAAGCACCCGCUGUACGACAAGAUCCACCGCCGGGGCUAUCCGCUGCCCUUCGGCGACCAGGAGAUCCUGGCGCUGCGGGCCUUCACUCCCCGGGAGCUGGGCGGCACCGCGGACCUCAGCUUCUGCUAAGCGCCG